ACUAAAUGUCGCAAUUAUCAAGUUGUAAAUAAAUAUUAAUUUAAAUACCUACUACCGCGAAGUGAUAAUUCUUUUAUCAAUCAAAGAGUGUAUAUGCAUAUAAUCAUUAUGUUUCAACAUGGUUUCAACUGUGUUUAUUGUUAGUGCGCUUCUAGCUUGUCAUCGGUGUAACCGCUCUAGCUACAAUACAGUGAAACAGAAUCGUGCUAAGGGGAAACAAUCCAAAAUGAAUAUUGUUAUUUACGAAUAAUUUAAUUACAAUUGCUUAAAAAAAAUGAUACCCUCCAACACCAUUUGCGUGUCCCAGGAAGGACCGGCAAAUGCUUUGGCUUUGAAUAAGGACUGUACACAAGUUGUAAUUGCCGGAAGAAACGUGUUCAAGGUAUUUUCAAUCGGCGAAAAUGAUUUCUCGGAAGUUUGCAACUUGAGAGUGGGAAAAAACUUAAAUUUAAACUUUUCUUCUAUUGAUGUUGCUUGGAGUACGAUUGAAGAAAACACCCUAGCUACAGCAGCCACCAAUGGAGCAGUGGUAGUGUGGAACCUUGGACGCUCGGGGCGCUCAAAGCAAGAGCAUGUGUUCUCUGACCAUAAGAGAACUGUUAAUAAGGUUAGUUUCCACUUGACUGAGCCUGCGUUGCUGAUCUCAGGAUCUCAAGAUGGAAUGAUGAAGUGCUUUGAUCUUCGUAUGAAAGAAGUGGCAAGAACUUUUAUCAGCAACACGGAGUCCAUCCGCGACGUGCAGUUCAGCCCGCACCAGGCGCACGUGUUCGCGGCCGUGUCGGAGAACGGCACCGUGCAGCUGUGGGACGCGCGGCGCCACGAGCGCGCGCUGCACCAGUUCACGGCGCACUCGGGGCCCGUGUUCGCCUGCGACUGGCACCCCGAGGUGCCGUGGCUGGCCACCGCCUCCCGCGACAAGACCAUCAAGGUGUGGGACAUUCACGCGCGGCCGAACUUAGAACACACCAUUUACACGAUAGCUUCGGUCGGGCACGUGAAGUGGCGACCGCAGAAGAGGUUCCAGGUGGCGUCGUGCGCGCUGGUGCUGGACUGCGCCGUGCACGUGUGGGACGUGCGGCGCCCGCACGUGCCGCUGGCCACGUUCGCCGAGCACCGUGACGUCACCACCGCCAUCGCGUGGCAGGCCUCGCCGCACGCCUUCCUCUCCACCAGCCGGGACUGCAGCCUGUACCGCCACAAGUUCGGCGAGGCGGCGCACCCGGUGCUGUGGGCCAACCCGCAGAGCGUGUGCGUGUCGGCGCGCGGCGAGCUGGCGCACGCGGUGCCCGAGUGCCCGCUGCCCGCGCUCGCGCCGCAGCCGGCCGAGCGCCACGUGCCCGGCCUGGGGCGCAAGCAGCCCACGGCGGGCUCGCUGAGCGGCGCGGCGCAGGCGGCGCUGGAGCACGCGUUCCCGGGCGGCGCGGCGUCCCGGCUCGCGCGCCACGUGCCCGUGCGCGCGGACGGCGCCGUGCUGGCGUGCGCGCGCCGCUACCGCGUGCGCGGCUGUGCGCCGCACGUGCUGGCCGAGCACAACGCCCGCGUGGCGCGCGAGCAGCAUCGCUACAUGGUGAGUCACGUGUGGGAGAUAGUCCGCAGCGUGUACAGCGCGCGCGCCGUGCUGUGCGCGCCCGCGCCGCCGCCGCCCCGCGCGCCGCCGCCCCGCGCCGCCCCCGCGCCGCCGCUGCCGCCGUACAGUGCCGUAGAAGAAGAGCCAAUGGAGGAAGUAGAGGAGUGGGAGAACCGAUUCCACAAGAACAGCGGCGUUCUGGGGCUGCCCACGCACAGCAUAUACAUUCCGCCGGCCAAGUUCGCGAAACGGGAUGACGACAAGGGCGGCUGGGUGUCGGCCGCGUCGGCGCACUACGUGGACGUGGACGCGGCGGACUGGACGCUGCCCGACGAGGCGUUCCCGCUGCGCGCGCCGCCCGCCGCGCUGGCGCCGCUCGCCGCGCACGCGCCGCACGCGCUCGACCACGAGCUCGAGCCCACCGAUGUGUCAACAGCGCGUAAUUCCGCAACGCAAGCGGAGGCGUCAUCUCCGGGUGGUUCGUCGGGUUCCGGGUCCGGAUCUGGUUUUGCCGUUCCCCCCAUUUCACCCACUUUAAGAAGAUCCAGUAGCCAGAAUUGUAGCAGCUCGGUGGAGGGCUCGGGCGGGGAGGGCGCGGAGGGCGCGGAGGGCGGCGCGCUGUGCGUGCGCGAGGGCGCCACUCGCGCCGCGCGCGCCGCGCUGGACGCCGCGCCGCUGCUGGCCGCGGCGCUGCGCAGCCACGCCGACCUGGGCGACGUGCAGACGGCGGCCGUGGUGUUCCUGGUGCUGCAGGACCACCGGAGCGACCUGUUCCCCUACAUCGACGAGAGCCUGCAGGAGCAGUGGCUGCUGGGCUACAUCGAGCUGUUGCAGCGGCACAAGCUGUGGAAUGUGGCCACCGAGGUGAUCCGUUGCGCCUGGCUGAGCAGCGUGUGGACGCUGUCGCAGCAGUCCACCACGGUGACGGCGUGCUGCGGGCGCUGCGGUCGCCGCACGCGUCCGCGCGCCGCCUGCGACGCGUGCAGCCCGCGCGCCGCGCCCGACGUGUGCGCCGUGUGCCACCAGGCGGUGCGCGGCCUGUACGCGUGGUGCCAGGGCUGCGCGCACGGCGGGCACCUGCUCCACAUGCGCGCGUGGGCCGAGCAACACCACCUGUGCCCCGCGGGCUGCGGCCACGCCUGCCAGCUGGGCUGACGAGCGGCCUCGGCUGCGACCUUGUUGACUGCUUGAGAUGUGAGCUUCCAAUGUGCGCAAUCCUUUUAAAUUAGGACACAUGGAGUGUAGAUAAUACGAGAAACGUGUUUUGUCUUUUUUUCGCGAUUAUAAUAGUUGUGUUAAUUUUCGUGAUCAAAACAUCAUCAAUCUUAGAUGAAUACUGCCCUAAGCAAUGGUGGUAAGCCCACAGAACUGCAAAAUGUUCAUUCAAAUGCUGUAUAGUUUUUUUAUUAUCAAAAUAAUGUAAGUGGAAUUUUUAUAAUAGUUAUAUUUUCCUAAUUUAUGACUGAUAGUGGUAAAUUGUUGUGUAUGCAUUAAUAUAUUUUUAUAAAUAAAACACUAUGUAUAAUUA